AUGUUCCUAUUUAUAUUUAUGCAACACAUUGCCACUACAGAAGGUAUAGGAAAGUUGAAUGGUUGCUGCAACUACUGCAGUCUAAGCACAGGAAGUUGGAUGAAGUUAUGUUUCAUGGUUAAUCCAAGUGGUAAAAUACCAGUUCGAAGGUCAGUUAGACGAGGUAGUAUGCCUUUCAGGGAUUUGAAGUCGUAUUUACAGAAUAUUUGUUGUUCACUAUUGGAUGGUUUUGCUAGAAAGAAAAUUAAAGUUGGACACGCCUUAGGAGAGAAAUUAUCAAGAUUAGUAGAAAGGCAUUGGCUUGAUGAAGCAUCUGAUCGCCCAGACUGUAUUGUGUGUUCUGAUUGUUCUAUAAAUGGUGGUCGUAGGCAGACCAAAUUUAGAUGUAGACAAUGUUGUGUCGGACUUUGUGUUGCCCCUUGUAAUGAGAUAUAUCACACUAGGAAACUAUUCAAACAAUGUCAUUUCGACAGAUUAUGA